UCUGCAUAGCAGAUUCAUGGCUGGUCUGAAUCUGUAAUUUUACUGUAUUCUCCUCCACCACCAGCUCAGUUUUUUCUUUCCCUUUCCCUUUCCUUUUUUCUCGUCUACCAAACAUGGCUGGCCUUUCGACUCAACCAGCUAUAGCAGACAACAAAACCCUUGCAGAUUUUGAGCCUGCAAAUAUACCUAAGAGAAACAAGUUUGCUUUCGCUUGUGCCAUACUUGCUUCUUUAACUUCAAUCUUACUCGGUUAUGACAUUGGCGUAAUGAGUGGAGCUAUUAUCUUCAUACAAAAGGACCUGAAAAUCAGCGACGUUCAAGCCGAAAUCGUUACGGGUAUUCUAAACCUGUACUGUUUAGUGGGUUCAUGCGCCGCCGGUCGGAUCUCCGAUUGGAUAGGCCGUCGUUACACUAUUAUCGUCGCCGGUGCCAUUUUCUUCGUGGGAGCACUCCUCAUGGGAUUCGCUACGGACUACGCUUUCUUAAUGGUUGGUCGUUUUGUUGCCGGAAUCGGCGUCGGGUUUGCUCUCAUGAUUGCCCCCGUUUACACCGCCGAAGUCUCCCCCGCUUCCUCUCGCGGCUUCCUCACCUCAUUCCCCGAGGUGUUCAUUAAUGGCGGAAUAUUACUGGGUUACGUUUCGAACUAUGCAUUUUCGAAGCUGAGAACUGACUUAGGGUGGCGGCUGAUGCUCGGCGUCGGAGCAAUCCCAUCGGUUUUCUUGGCCGUCGGCGUUUUAGCGAUGCCCGAGUCGCCGCGUUGGCUCGUUAUGCAAGGCCGACUCGGUGAAGCGAAGAAAGUGCUGGACAAGACAUCGGACACCAUUGAAGAAGCCGAGCUUAGACUCAGUGACAUCAAACAAGCAGCCGGAAUCCCACAAGACUGCACCGACGACGUCGUUCAGGUCCGAAAACAAUCCCACGGCGAAGGCGUGUGGAGAGAAUUACUUUUAUACCCCACACCCGCCGUUCGCCACGUCUUGAUUUGCGGCAUUGGGAUUCAUUUCUUCCAGCAAGCUUCCGGCAUAGACGCCGUCGUUUUGUACAGUCCGAGGAUCUUCGAGAAAGUGGGGAUCACUUCUUCCGACCAGAAGCUACUCGCAACCGUAGCCGUCGGAUUCGUGAAAACGAUCUUCAUUUUGGUAGCCACGUUCUUACUCGACAGAAUCGGACGGCGACCGUUGCUCCUCAGCAGCAUAAUCGGCAUGGUGGCGUCACUGACAACGCUCGGCUUCUCGUUGACCGUAAUCGGCCAUUCCAACGAGAAAGUCACGUGGGCCAUCGUGUUAUGCAUCACGAUGAUUCUGGCCUACGUGGCUCUGUUCUCCAUAGGUAUGGGGCCGAUCACGUGGGUAUACAGCUCGGAGAUCUUCCCGUUGAGGCUACGCGCGCAAGGAGCAAGUAUCGGAGUUGCUGUUAACAGGGUGACCAGCGGUGUCAUAUCCAUGACGUUCAUUUCGUUGUACAAGGCGAUAUCGAUCGGCGGCGCGUUUUUCUUGUUCGCCGGGAUCGCGACGGUGGCGACUUUGUUUUUCUACACGUGUUAUCCGGAGACGCAGGGGAAAACGUUGGAGGAAAUGGAAGGGCUUUUCGGUAAAUUUAUCGGGUGGAGGAAAGAGGCUAAGAAGCUGAAGGAGAUGAAGACAACAACGAAGGAAUUUAACCGUGACGAUGGAACGAGUAACGGUGAGAUUCAGCUAGGGAACACUGUUACUAUGUAAGGGGUAGUUUAGUAAUUAUGUAAGUAGUCUCUGAGCUUUAGAUUAUGAGGUGGGGAAAAUUAGUUUUUCAUUUUAAAAAAAAUAUUUUUAAUUUUCUUUUUCUUAAAUAAUAUCCCCAUGAAAACGAAGUUUGAGGUGGGAAAUGUAGGCGUUUUUACUGAAAUAUCACAUGUACAACCAAUAAUUAUAUGUCAGACAUUCUCAUUUUAAUAUUA